AUGCAAGAACCAUUGUUUGGGGGAGGACCCCGACCAUCCCAGGGGCUUCCAGCGACUCAUUCAGCUCAUGAAAACGUCAGGCGGGUCCGAGGGUCUGACGAGUUUUUACGUCUCUUCCAGAGCCCCGAGUUCCGGGAAUUUUUGCUGACCAAGCUCACCAAUGCCGAGAAUGCCUGCUGCAAGUCGGACAAGUUCGCCAAGCUGGAGGACCGGACCCGGGCCGCCCUGCUGGACAACCUCCAUGAUGAUCUCCAUAUCCACACACAGGCUAUGCUGGGGCUAGGACCUGAAGAGGACAAAUUUGAGAAUGGGGGCCAUGGGGGAUUCCUGGAGUCUUUCAAGAGAGCCAUCCGGGUACGGAGCCACUCCAUGGAGACCAUGGUGGGGAGUCAGAAGAAGCAUCACAGCGGAGGGAUCCCAGGCAGCCUCAGCGGGGGCAUCACACAUAACAGUGUGGAAGUGACUAAGACCACCUUCUCGCCUCCAGUGGCAGCAGCAACAGCAAAGAACCAAUCCAGGAGUCCCAUCAAGCGGAGGUCAGGAUUGUUCCCCCGCCUGCACACAGGCUCUGAAGGCCAGGCUGAUAGCCGGACACGAUGUGACAGUGUGUCUAGCACUCCCAAGACUCCAGACGGUGGACAUUCCUCUCAGGAAGUGAAAUCAGAAACCUCAUCCAACCCCAGCUCUCCAGAAAUAUGUCCAAAUAAAGAGAAGCCUUUUGUGAAGCUGAAGGAAAAUGGCCGAUCCAGCAUCUCCCGGUCCUCAUCUAGCACCAGCAGCUUCAGCAGCACCGCCGGGGAGAGUGAGGCCAUGGAGGAAUAUGACAUUGGGAGCAGCCAGCCCUCCACAGCUUCGCCCUUCAAGCAGGAAGUCUUUGUCUACAGCCCGUCCCCGAGCAGCGAGAGCCCCAGCCUAGUAGCAGCAGCGACCCCAGUUAUCAUGAGCCGGAGUCCGACAGACUUGAAGAACAGGAACUCGCCGAGGUCCAACCUGAAGUUCCGCUUUGAUAAGCUCAGCCAUGCCAGUUCCAGCUCGAGCAGCCCCGCCUCAGCCCAGGGAGACGGCUCCUCUUCGACCAAGACCCUGGGAACCUCCGUCCACUACACUAAUCCCUGAAGCUGCUCCCGAGCCGACUUCAAGCGCGCUGCCGCGCCCUCGGCGCCCUCCGUCACCCUAACGUCCCGUCCUUCUGGCGGCCUGCCCGGAGGACGCCCCGGAGGCCUCCUGUACCAUGUAGCAUCCACUGGACAUGCUGCAGCCCUGCCCCCGGGCCAUGCCCAGGUCUCUGCCCAUCUACCUUGUGAGCUGCCGGCCCCAUGCUGGCCCCUGCAGGGGAGCCCGGACAGAGGCUCCCCUGCUCUAAGCUUCCUCCCCUGCCGUCUGGCCCCGCAGGGCCCCGCCACAAAAGUCUCGUCUUGCUUUGGUUCGGUCCCUCCCGCGCAGGGUCCCCAGCCUGGCCGGUCCUGGAGGGAGCUACCCCUUCCGUCCCCAGGCAGGCUCUCCUUCCCCUCCUCUGUCCAGAUCCCCAGGCCGGCAUGGGCAGAGUCAGGGGGCAGCCUCCGGAGGGCCGAAGGACUGGGCCGGCUGCCCCUUUGGGGAUGAGCGAGAGAAAGGGGGAGAGGGAGGCUGAGGCUGGAGGCCAACCUUUUGGCCCCCCGGCAAGCCCGGGGAUAGGGAUGCGUUGAAGAUCGGUGGCGAGUUCGAGGCGCUUGUGAGUGAUAUCCUUGGGUCUCAAACGAAGCUGCCCCGGACAUCCCCUGCGCCCGAGGAGGGUGCCUCUAGCUAGUGGCCGCCGUCUUCACCCCAGAAACCAAGUUCAGGCAAAAGCCAUCAGGGCCAGCCAGCCGUUGUUCCCCCAUCCCAGGCGGCUCCCCAAGCGCUCAUUCGUUAAGCACUGGCCGGGGGGACACCGGCUCCUGCUCCCCUCGGCUGCUUCACCUUCCCGGCAGCCUCCUCAGCAGAAAGCGCUCCUGAGUGUGGGCUGCCCAACGCCCGGUGUCUCUGCAGCCCCCUCUUUCGCUCGCUUCCCUGGAUCUGUGGCCAGUUCCCGGGCAGGGCAUGAGAGGUGGAGGGCAGGAACGAGGAGGGACUAACGGAGACUGCGGAGGGAGUCCUUAGUGGGCGCUCCCAGGAGGAAGACGGACGGGUGCCAAGGCCGUGCCACCCGGCCCAGCUUCUGCUUCAUUUGGAGCCCGCCACGGAGACAAGGUGGCAUGCUAGUGCCCUCGCCUCCCCUGCCCAACCCCCGAGACGGAGAGCCGGCAAUCGCCAGAUGGGACGUAGCGCACGCUGUCGUAGAUCCAAAGCCGGAGGGAACCUUGGAGACGAGCUAGUCUAAACCUUUCAUGUCACAGAUGAGGAAGUGGAGGCCCGUGGAGGCCAAGUGGUUCAUUCAAGGUGGUCACAGUAGUGAGCCUUGCAGAUAUCUGGACCAAGAGGAACAAACCGAGAAGAAUGGCCAGGAGGCAAGCUUAAGGCUCCCCCGUCAACUGCCUCUGACUUUCCAAACUGUCAAGGGCAAAAAUCAGCCCCCUGUGCCCGAUUCCAUAGGAAGUACCCAGGUGUGCCAUCAAGCUCACGGCAGACUUGUUCCCCGGGCCUUCGCCCGGGAUGCCCCCCUUUUUCUGUCCUAUCCUUCCCCCCCAACCCGACCUGCUCUUUGGGGUACCCCUGGAUACAUCUCUGAGAUUUGUCUCCAGGGGCUUUUGCUAACUCCAAGGGAGGGACCGGGCCUGGGCAGAAUGGCCACGUCAUUUGCCUGGUUUGGUCUCUGUCGUCCCAGGGCUCCCCCUCUGGCCACACUCCAUCCCUCCUCUCAAUCAGAAAAUGGAAGAGAUUUGGAUCUUGAGCUUUGAAACAGAAGUUGGCUGUAGCACCAGGCAGGCCCUUCGUCUUGUCCCCCAAUACCGUCCCACACAGCCUCGGUGCAGAGGGAAGCUGAAUGUGUCCCCAGAUGUCAGUUCCGACCCCUGUGAAGAAGUGCAGCGUUAUUACUCUCAAGGACACCCACUGAUCCAAAGUCGGGGCCCCUGUGGCUUUCCAGUGAGUCUCAGGGCCAAAAUGCAGACAAUUCAAUGGGGCAGAGAGGCUCCUGGGGCUGGGGGUCCAGGGCUCUCCCAAGGAGAAGCCUCAUCCAAACAGCUUUAAUGAAUCGAUCACUCCAAAAGAGGCACACGCAACCUAUGUCCAGCCCUGUUUCCCUCAUGCACGUCGGGGUACCUACACGGCUUUCCUUUUUCCUGAGCAACAGUAUAAUUCCCUGCCGAUUAGCAAAGCAUUCGAAGCAAGGAGCCCAUUGAUUAGGAAUCGGUAAUGAUGCAAGAGUAGGCUGGGGUCCUCUUCUAUUUUGUUAGAAGGUGAGGACGGGGAGGGAGCGUCCAAGGGACUUCCUGUAAGCCCUUCUUGCUUACAGAUGAGGAAACGGAAGGUUUUGCUCAAGACCGUUUGAGCAAUUUGCAGAAGUCAUUUGCUCAGUCACUUUAGCCGCAGGGCUGGGGCUAGGAUCUGGGGCUCCAACCCCCCACGCCCAGCCAGGUCUUCUUUCUCAAGCUGCCCAUCUGAAGUCGCCCUUUACACACUACCUAUAAAGAGAGGAGUUUGUUUGAAUCAAUUAUUAGUUGAGGUAACAUUACUCAUACUAUAAAGAACUUCUCUCCAAAGUUGGCCUACGUGGGUGCUCUUCAAAAUGUCUUCGGCAGCACCCAUUUGUACAUAAACGGUGUGAUUAUUACAUGUGAUUCUUAUAUUUUCCUUAAAGCAGGUCAGGUAGGACUUGGCCACACUUUUCAUUGUGUCUGUACGUCCUUGAAAGUCAUAAACGAUGAUUAGUUACAAAAUAUUCUGUAUUUCUUUUCACUUGUCACUAAUUCAGCUUGAACCCUCUUCCCUCAGUCCUUGUCCCUUCUAUCUAGGAUAGACAAAUAAGGAAGUUUUGACUGGAGCUUGGAAGCAGCAGUGCCUUUAAUCAUGGUUUGAGGGGCAGCUAGGUAGAUCAAUGGAUAGAACUCCAGGAGGUCUUGGGUUCAAAUCUGACACCGGAUACUUCCUAGCUGUGUGACCCUGGGCAAGUCACUUAACUCUAAUUGCCUCUUGCUGCUUUUUUGUCUUAGAACUGAUACUAAGACAGAAGGUAAGGGUUGUUUUUUUAAAUCAUGGUUUGGGGUGAUUGUGUCUUUAGGUUGUAAUAUGUCUCCCCAACUGUGGAACAUCAGGAUCCACCUCUCAUGAUACCUUGGCUGGCUCUAACCACCUCACCUCACCUCCAGGCAGGUAGUUGUAGUUGUCCAUCCUCUCUGCUGUUCCCAAGAGAAGGAAGUUGGCGGGAGUAGAAGAGCAGCCUUGGAUUCCCAUUUCCUUAUAUGUUGACAUAAGUGGCUUCUGAAAUGAGCCGCCGUUUGGGUUUGGCGCUGAGCCCCAACAUCCUGUAAAUACUUUCCCAGUUGGCUUAAAAAGUGAACCCUAUCAGUCCAUCUGUGUCCCUACUGCCCAGGGGAAGGAAGAAAACAAGGCUAGGAAUAAGGUUCUUUCUUGUGCCUCUGGAUCUCAAAUUAAUUUAGAGCCAACAAUCCAAACUUGGCUUUUGAACCACCUAAAAGAUUUGGUGAUGCAGAAUCUCCUAGUAAGGAAGACCUCGGAGCCAACGUGCCAGGGGCCUCUGAGAGCUGCUCUUCCAAUUGCUCUUUAGCAUUGUCAGAUGCUUCUCUACUGUUGGCCUCCAGAGCGGCUUGUUGGCCUCAAAUGUGAAGAGUAACCUGCUGGUUGUCUCUGCUCAGCUUCAUUCAUCCAGAUGGUACUCGUUAGGGAUUGAAGAGAUCCACCUUUGCAUUAUCCAAGAAGAAAAUGUUUGCCCAAGAGACUUUGAGCCAGUGGGGAGAUCACGAAAUAGAUCAUCGAGCUGAGGAAAUAAAAGUGUUUUUAGGCAUUUAGUGGCACCUGAUGGCUUACAGUUGAUGCUUCCCAAUAAUGGCAGCCUGAUUCCUCGAUGCUCAUUAAAGCAGCUCCAGGAGGACCUUUCCUCUAAACAUUAGGUCAGCUAGAGAUGCUGUGUAUGUUUGCAAAGUAAAAAGAUCUUCCUCAGUAGCCUCACAUUUGUCACUAACCUAGGCAGACUUCCACACCCCAGAACUGGUAGAAGCUUUGGAGACCAUCUAAUUCAACUCCUUCACCUUACAAAAAGGGUAAACUGAGGCCCAGAGAUGUGAAUUGAUUUGCCCAGGGUCACAUUACCAUUGAGCUGGGCCUAGACACCAGUUCUCAGCCCCCAGGCACGUGCUCUGCUCUUUCCACAAUACUAAGCUCCCCACCACCCUCAUCCCAUCCCCACCCAAUUAGGCUGCCGAAUAAUAUGAACUGAAGCCCCUGGAUCCUGCCCAAGUGGCUAGGUUGGUUCGGCUAUCAAUGUCAGUGCCUGAAUCGAGGAUGUGGAAGUCUGGCUUUCCUAGGUGGUGUGAGCCUUGGCCUCAGAUAUGUAUAGUGUUAAGUUUAAUCAAUGUUGAAUUGAAUGGGAUGGAAUUGAAGGAAAGAGAAUGUUGGAUUUCUCUAGCAAAGCCUCCUGGGACUUUGAGCCCAUCCAGAAAAUGAAAACAAGUCCAGAAGUCGGUUUAUCACUGAAGUUUAUCACCCACGCCAAGUCUCUCCUAAGUGCUGGGUCUGGGGUCAAACAAAGUAAAGUUUAAACCAAUCCCAGGUCCUUCUUAGCAAACAGCAAAGAAGCAGCAUUUAAAGAUGACUCUUCUAGCCCAUGCUCGCUUACCACUCCCUCCCCUCUAAUAAGCAGAACGGGAGGCUAGAUUUCAUGAUGGACCAAGGAUGAUUGCAUUCCUACCAGGUGAUUUAGAAUAUGCUGCAGAGACAAUGCCAAAGUAAACAUCUAUUUAAUCCAUUCCUACAUCCAAAAGGGUCAGGCCCAGGAACUGCUAGGCCUGGAGACAGGAGCUCCUGAGUUCAAAUCUGGCCUCAGAUACUUCCUAGCCGUGUGACCCUGGACAAGUCAAUUAAUCCCUGUUGCCUAGCCAUUACUGCUCUUCUGCCUUGGAACCCAAACUUAGUCCUUAAUUCUAAGACAGAAGGUAAGGGUUUUAAAAAAAUAAAAGAUCAAGCCUGGAGAACGAUAGGAUUGUUUGGGGUGCAGGAGGGGAAGGGGAUAUCUGAAUAGCAAGGGUCACAGAAGUAGCCUUUUAAAGAUGUUGACCAAAGGAAUGGCCACCCUCCAAUUGCCCGGGGUGGUGGUGAGUUAGCACUUGCCAAGGGCAGGGAUUCCCAGGAAUUUCUCCAAAGUAAGGAAAGUUUUAAACAUUUCUGUGAAAAAGUAAGACUGAGUACUCGGGGCCAAUUCUGGAGAGAUUUUGUUUGGCCGAGCUUUAGUUCCAUUCUCUCCUCCCCCAAAUCCUGAGGAUGGUGAACCAUGCCAGUGAGGCUAGUCUUAUAAACUUACGUGUAUGUCACUGGCAUACCCAUCACCUGGGAGGAGAGAUGGGCCAGGCUACCCAAGUGAGGACCAACGAUAUAGCAGAUGAGGGCAAAGGGCCAGGAGUGACAAGAUGGCCCUAGAAGAAGGGCAUUUGACUUCCUGCUUUGUAUGUACCCUGGACAGCUCCAGUGGGGUGGUGGUGUGCUGGAGAGAAGAUUAAUUCUCAUCCAUCCCUUUCUUUUGUGAUGUCCCACUUUCUUGGACUUUGUUUUCUGCUUGAAUGAAGAAGUCUGUCCUUUUCCAUUCCUCUCGCCGAUCUCCUAGCAUGGUUGAAGACCCUCCUUUUUCUUUGUCGUGAAUGUAGUUGUGUGCCGCCCCCUUGAGAGCAGCAACAAUGUUCACCUGUGAAGAGUUCCUAAGUGUGAUGAAAUCUCAGAGCCUAGCUCAGCUCUGCCAGUGGUGGUGAAUAUUCAUGUUUCUUUCUUCCUUUUUAGAAUGGAGAGGUGCUUAGUAGAGUCUGAUUGCCUACGCCCUGUAAAUAGUGUACAUUUAAUUUAUUGCUACGGUAACACGGUGUAUUGGUUAAUGUAUAAAACAAAUUCUAAAAGGUUCACAAAUGUAUAUUUUGUUGCUUAAAUGUGUCUUUGCAGAAAUUCACAAUAAAUAACAUAUUUUGUGUC